AUUAGUAAACAUGGGGGAUGUAACAGUUACAAAGGAGGAGUGGGGGCCAGGCAGUCACAUGAUCACAUUAACCAAUUCAGCUGGAUUUCAGGCGAAGCUGUUGUCUUUAGGAGCUACAAUCCACAGCUUCAAAUAUCCAGCUUCUGAAGCAGCAUCAGAUAAAAAGAGUAGCAUUCAAGAUGUAAUCCUUGGAUUUGAUUCUAGCGACGGUUAUGAUGGAACAAAAACAGCUUCUUCUGGGGAACUACAGGGCGUCUUACAAAUAGGGUUAAGGAUGGGAAAAUAGAACUGGAUGAAUCAACUCACCAACUCUCCUUGAAUGAUUUUGGAAACCAGUUUAAACAUCACCUGCAUGGUGGAGUCAAGAGUUUUGACAGACUGAUCUGGAACUCCCAGAUUAUCCAAGAUGGCGUCACUUUCUCAAUGCUAUCUCCACAUGGAUCAGAGGGAUAUCCUGGUAAUAUGGUGGCCAGUGUAACCUAUACCUUAGAUAACAAGGGAGCUUUGGAUAUCAAAAUGAAGGCAGUAACUGAUGCUGAAACUGUGGUUAACUUGAGUAAUCAUGUUUAUAUUAACCUAGCUGGCCAUGCUUCAGGCUGGGAUGGUCUGCAAGAUCAAAUUCUACAGAUUCCACACAACUUCUACACACCAGACGAUGCAGAAUAUCUCCCGACAGGAGCUAUUGAUCCAGUUGAGAAUACAAAUAAAGAUUUCCAAGAAUCUAAACUCCUGAGUUCUACAGUACCCCAGGAGAGAGGGGGAGAAGGUUUCUGUGUAAACUACUGUAUAAAAACUCAAUCUAACUCUCAAAGUUUGGCUGCUGUGCUCUCAUAUCCUAAGUUUGGUAGAAAACUGGAGGUUUGGAGUAAUCAGCCUGGACUAGAACUAUACACAGGGAACUUCUUGCCUGGUGCCGGAAAUGAGCUUGAAGGGAAGGAUGAAGCUAGAUAUGGAAAAUGGGGAGGAAUAUGCUUGAUGACUCAGAAUUACAGGGAUGCUCCUAACCAUCCUAACUUCCCCUCUGCUAAACUUAACCCUGGAGAACUAUAUUUUCAUCAUGCUACUUAUAAAUUUUUAUAAA